AAUGAUGAGGGUAUAGAGUAUAUCGUCCACAAAGAAGGGAACAGUGAAAGCGCCAGUGCAAGGGAAGAGGAAACUAGGACGAAGGUGAAGGACAUAUUUUUCGUUGACCUUCUUUCAGACUCCUGGCCAGAGCUGUCGUCCCAGCAACCAUAUGACGUCAUAAUCACGUCUCGGUGUUUGGAAGCCACGGCGCCGACGAUCGACGUGUACCACUCCAUUUUAGAGAGACUGGUUGCCUUGUUAAAACCAAAUGGCUUUUUGGUCAUCGUCGGCGUCUUGGGGGAAUCGUUCUACAAAGUCGGAGACAAAAAAUUCUAUUGCCUCCCUUUGACUGAAUCCGACGCGAAGGAGACUUGUACCCGUUGUAAUUUGGAUCUGUUACAUUGGGAAUCUAUCAAGCCCGAGAUGGCCAAUCCGACAACACUAUCAGAUUUCGAAGCAAACUUUACGAUGGUCGCAAAAAAGUUAACAGACAAUAGAUUGUUAUUUCCGUGCUUAAAGGGAAACUAAACUCCAAUAAGAGCCGUAUGUGUUGGAAAGAUGCAUACUCGGACCACCAACACAUACUGACACUUUAACAAAUGAAAAACGCGUCAUUUUAGAGUUAAUAAAAAAAACCCAUGAUUAUUCCUGCUAACUGGGGGCAGCCA